CAGAGAUGUCAGUUCAGGUCACACAGAGCUGAACUGAGCGCUAAAGUCCGCUGUUUGCGUGUUUCUACGCUAACCUGACUACAUGAGCAGCUUACAGGAACACAGACACACCUUCUAAUUUAAACCAAAGGAAUCAAAGAGGAGAGUGCUGUAAUCUGCAAAUAUGGGAGCUCUGAUAUCCCGAUGGAAGGCAAAGCCAACCACGGUUGAGAAGCUGGAGAACCUGGACAAGGAGAUUCAAGAGCUGGACGAGUUUAGAGCCAAAAACCAGCGUCUGCAGAAGCUGUGGGUCGGCCGGUUGCUUUUCUACUCGUCAGUCCUCUACCUGCUCAUCUCUCUGAUCGUCUACUGUCUCUACCUACCUGAACAAUGGUUGGAGAGAUUCGCCAUGGCCCUGCCUUUCUUCAUAUACCCAGUUCUAGUGUGGUUCAUCAGGAGGUUUUUGAUUUUUCUCUUUUCCAAGCGCACUGAGAGAAACAAUGAUAAACUAGAAGAUUUAAAGGUUUCCAAGAAAAAGAUUCUAGAGGAAGUGAUGGAAACUGAGACAUACAAAAACGCCAAACUCAUCCUGGAACGAUUUGAUCCUGACGCUAAGAAGAAAGCUGAGCUUGAGUCGACUCCAAUGCGUCCUCAGAUGACUCCCAGGCCAGGCCAAGAGAUUCGGCAGAGGGGGGUAGCAAUGAGACCUAUGCCAAUGGGCACCCCAGGUCCCAUGCCAAUGGGCACGCCAGGUCCCAUGCCAAUGGGCACCCCAGGUCCCAUGCCAAUGACUCCUCAACGUGGAGCACAGCCCCCACUGGGACCAGGGGGCACACCUGUGGAACCUGUUCCUCUCUCAGCUCCAGGAGGACCACCGGAGAGAUCUGCUCUGUCUGCCUCUGUCCUCCACGGGGCUGUGCCCAGGACCCCCUGCUCCCCCAUACCUGGUGUAGGAAUGCAUCCACCAGGUCCUCCAUUAGCAAGACCGAUUCUGCCCAAAGACAGAGGAGCUGUGGACCGAGUCAUUGAAUACCUGGUAGGAGACGGACCACAAAACAGAUAUGCGUUGAUCUGCCAACAGUGCUUUUCUCAUAACGGCAUGGCUCUGAAAGAAGAGUUUGAAUAUCUAGCUUUCCGUUGUGCAUAUUGCUACUUCCUCAAUCCAGCCAGGAAGACGCGCCCUCAAGCUCCCAGGCUUCCAGAGUUUAGUUAUGAGAGGAGGCUUCGUGCAGAAUCACGUUCCCCAGGACCAACACCAUGUUCUGGGACAGACACAGAGGAGAGCACGCCCCCUUCUGGAGGUACAGAAAAACAAAGACAAACAGACACAAGCAGCAAGCAGGAACAAACAAUACCAGCCAAGGCUCCGGCUCCGUGGAAUACGGUCCACAGUUUCAAGAUCCAGCACAGUCCAAAGAAACCUCCGAUCCGACCUCUGCAGAGUCCAGAUGAGAAGGAGAUCGGGGAACAUGAAGGACUCACCAAAGAAGUAGAGAGCGAGAUCCAAUCAGAAGAACAGCAGCGAGGGGAGGAGGAGGCGGAGGCGGAGGUGGAGGAGGAGGAGAAGGAGAAGGAGAAGGAAGUAGGAGGAGAAGAAGAUGAAGAUAUGGUUCAGGCGGAGGAGGAGGAGAUGGAGAUGGAGGUGGAAUCAGAACAGAGUCACAGCGCCCCCUGUCAGGCAGAAUCUCAGCCAUCAUAGACGCGGAGUCCAGAAGCGGACCAGGAACGAGAUUCUGUCCAAACUAAAGGUCAUGAUAGACAGGUGGCAUUUUAAAGCAAUAUGGAAUGAUUGCAACCAAAAAACCGUCACCAAUCUCACUUGUGUUUUUAGUUUGAAGCGUCUAAUUUCCUCCUUUUUUUCCCUGUGUGCCUAAAUUCGACUAUUCAAUAGCAGGUGUUAAAUUUAAGCAUUUUUGUGACCCUUAGACAAAAGCCGUCAUACUGACAUAAAGGAGGUGAUGCUCCCGGUAAAUGGAGCUUAUUCUUAAUGAAAAACAUACUGCAGUACGAGGAUCAAACUUCUCAUUUAUGAAAUUUUACAUUAUUGAAAUUGUCAAACUGUAUUGCCUAAAAAUGAUGCCAACAUAUCAUGGCCUUAACAGUUUGAUUGGUUGUUGGGAGGAAAGUGUUAGACUGAUGAUUGUAGUUUUAAUCCGAAGGCUGUUUCCAGAUAGAGUAGUCGGCUGCUGAUAGCGCUCUACAUGUGGUGACUGGUAAAACUGACAUAGGUUAUUAUUUUAGAGUUUACAAUGUAAGGUUAUUUUUUAAAGUAGGUGGCCACUGUAUGAUUUAUGAUUUAUUAUUAAUGAAAAGUGUCAUAAUUUUAGAUAUGUAACUGCUGGUUGACAAAUGGCAGCAAUAACAAAAAUGCGCUUAAAUCUAAAAUUCUUCAAUUGACUCUUAUUUCGGUAAUUUAUUUCUUCACACGGUCUGGUUUUGUGUAUAUUUUUGCUUAUAUCACAGUUACUCAUAAUGGAAAUAUAUAAAUGUGGUACACACAUGUUAUUUAUUGUUUUUUGUUGGGUAAAAACAACGGUACAGAAAAGUUCUCAAGAAAACAAAAAACCUACAAAGUGCAUCUUAAAGGACCAGUGUGUGACAUUUAGUGACAUCUAGUGGUGAGAUGGCAGAUUGCAACCAAUGCGAAAAAAUGCAAAAGGCACUUUCUAGAGAGGUAGUGUUUGGAUUGUCCGCUCUGGGCUACUGUAGAAACAUGGUGGUGCAACAUGGUGGGCUCCAUUGAAGAGGACACACUCUCUAUUUAGGUAUAAAGGAUUCAUUCUAAGGUAGCAAAAAACACUGAUUUUCAUUUUCAGGUGAUUAUGCACUAAUGAAAACAUAUUUAGUAUUAUAUUCCAUUCCUGCCAAGUCUGUUCAGCUAGACGCCACUAAGUCUUACACACUGCACCUUUAAAACAAACCUGUUGCGAAUCAGGACAUAAAUCGUGUUUACAGAAUAUACAAACAAGUAUGCUGUCAAGUUCUGCUAUGACUUUUUCAUCUCCUAUUUUUGAACGCCCAUACAGACUCCUAAAUAUUAAAGAUCUAAUAACUUUGGUAUACACAUAUUUUUACUAAAUACUGAUGCAUGUACACAUUUUAUCCUGCUGGGUUUUUUUUUUUUUUUUAGAAGCUUAUUCCAGACAAGGUGUAUUUGAGCAGUUACCCAGAACACAUCUAAUAUUUUCCUCGCUGGUAGCAAAGAUAGUGUAAAUUGACUUUUGUUCACCAUUCAUGCCUUUUUUCCCCUUUUGUUUUUUGUUGGUGAGGAAGGUUAAAUACUGUGUAACUUUUUGAUGACAACAGUAGUGUUAAAUGACCCAUUUAUUACUGCAGCUCACCAGAACAGAACUGAGCAGUGUGUGUAGCACCAAAUACAUGAAGUCAGUGUGUUCAUAGCAUAGACACAUGCUUGUUAGUGGGCUUUUUCUAAAUAUGUAGUAGAAACAAAACUAACUCUUUGUGUGUUUCAUACUGAAAGAUGAAAGAAAGAACACGUGGACUCGUCAGGUCUACAAAAUCAUCCAGACUUCAUAGAAAUAAUUUGACUUCCUCAUCAAGCUUUUGUUGUUGUGUUGGUUUAUGAAGGUAUUCCUUUUGAGAUAACAGUACUUAGACAGAAGCAGUCUGAUUAAACUGAACCUCUAAACAUCUGAAGGGUGAAGAAAACUAACAGACUGGAGCUAAAACUGCCGAUUUUUCGCUAUCUAGUUAUUGCCAACUGUAGUUCUUAUUAUUAUUUGCCAAAUGCUCUGUCGUUUUUCCUUUUUUCUUUCCUGACUUAAUUUGCACUGAGUCUUUCUUAGUAUUUAUUUGGCCAUAUUGUGUUUUUAAUUUGUAGUUCAGAUAUUGCUGCACUGUUUAAUUUUAAACAUUUUAGAACUAAAUUUACAAUUGCCAUGCCACUGUCACAUCUAUUUAAAAAGUAUUGGCCUGUUUUUAGGUUAUGUAGCUUUUACGUAGCUGCAGAUAAGCAUGUGAUGAACACUUUUAAAUUGUUCUCUUCUAAUGUCUGCUUUGGUUGCUGCUGUUAUUUUCAUUGGUUUACAGUGUAUUCUGCCAUCUGUGUAGCUACUAUAGCAACAUCACAUUAAGGAGGUUUCAUUUGUCCACUGCUGGCACAUAGUGUUUUUGAUAACCACUUUUAUUUAGAUUUUACAUAGAGCCAAAAAAAAAAGUAAGUGUCUAUGCAAAUGUAAAUAUGUCUCAUCACCUGUGUAAUACAGGUGUGGUCCCAGAAACACAACCAAACUAAAUAUUCUUGUGGGAUAGACAGUCAACACAUUAAGUUCUGUUUAAAGUGUGUAAUUGAAUUCAUUUGUUUUUCUAAAUUUUUGGAUUAAUUCUAUAUCUGUUACUAAUUAGUUGUUGACCUCCUCGAAAACCUCGUAGCGACCCAGUGACAUGGGAGCUUAAAUGUGUUUGGACAAACCUUUGCUGAAUGUUUAGGAGUAAGUAAUGAAUCGAAAGUCUCCAAUAUCCUCGACAGCAACUUGACAUUUUAUUGUAAUCCUGUUAUUUAUCUUCACCAGGCGGCCAUUGCAUCUCUCUGCCUGUACGAGCUCACUGACUUGUGGUCAGAUGAAUGCUGUCAGUGUUAAACAAGCUUUCUAUACUCCAUAAUGUGUGCUGGUGAUGAACAAUGUGGUAAAAGUUCAAAACAUACAUAAAGCUGUCACUUUAAUACAAUUCUCAACAAGCUGUCUUACACACUGACAUGUAAUAUCUGUUUAGUUUCAAUUUGUAGGUAGUUUUUUUUGCUCUGCUAGAUUUAUUAAAUACAUUUCUGCCAAUGCUGGUUAUCAUAAAGCGUGCACAUGGCACGCCUAAUAAAGUUUUUCAACAACUAA